AUGGCCCGUGUCAUGGGGAGGGCCGCCUCGGCCACAGCCAGGCGCACUCCUAGCCGGGCUGUUCAGAGGAGAGCUCGAAGACACAAGGUCAUCAUGGAAUCCGUGACCCAAGAAAAGAAGAAGCUGCGAAGUGUGGUGUGUAUUCCCUGUUUUGAAAUGUCCAGCUCGAUACUGAUAAAUCAGAUCUGUUUUGAAGCACAAGCGCCAAGUGGCUACACGUUCAUUCCGGCAGGCAACCCGCAACUCACCACGGCCUGUAAAGAGAGGUGUCGCAAAGAGGGCCUCCAGAUCCAUGCAGUAUCGACCACACCACACCACAAGACCCACAACCUGUCUCAGCAUGUUCAUCGGAUAGGAUAUCACUUCCCCAGCACUGUGGUGGCAGCUGUCUGCUCAGAGCUUGGCCUCUACCUCACAAGCACUGGUAAAACGAUGCCUAUCUAUGCCAUGGGAAGGGUGGACAAUAAUUCGCGUGCUGCAUCGGAAGUCUCUCAAGUAACGCUCAACACAGAUGCGCGAGAUGCUAUGAGGGAUUUAUUCCCCAAUAUCCCCGACCAAGAUUUGAACCAAAUCAUCAAGACCGCCUUUCAAAAGGGCCAGAAGAAAGUUGGAACAGCCACUGAAUUGCCUCUGGCUCGCAGAGCGCAACUUGCGGUGGUUGCUCAUAUUCGGCAUGUUUACACUAACUACGAUCGCCUGUUAAAAACGACUUCAUUCCACGAGGCAAGAACGACCGUCGAGCACCCAACCUUAGCCAAAGUCAUUGAAUGGCGAGGGGAUGAUGAGAACGGCCAGACCGUCCUCGAGGAUGUCUUCCGCGAGGUCAUUGUUAUCUCCGACGACGAGGACAGUGAAACCGAAGAGGACGCGGCUUCUACGGCUGCCCAUCAAAAUACUAGGGUGGAAAUACUUCCCAACGAUGCCCGAACCCAUGAGAUUCGCACUCAACCAAUUAAUACGAGACCCGAGCAAGGUUAUCUCCGAGACAUAUCAGAGGAAGCACCACCAGGAUUCCGGUUUGUCACAAGGGUUCCGGCAAACAACUCCGUCGACCGUCGCGGAUUUAGCAGGUACCAAGCCUGGAACCGUGCCAUCAAGGAAUAUAGAGAGGGUAAUCAGGGCACCGAACAAUCGCGGCUCGCCGGUUCUCUGGCUGAAAAGCAGAGCCCGCGAUAUGCCGAGAAGCGUAUCGCCCCAGAAGCGAGCGCCAAAGCAUCAGAUCGCGGGCUCUGUGAAAACUAUCGGCGAGUCAUGCCGGUCAGCAUGGAUAACCACCCACAGCACAUGCCUGCCAUAAUGGAUCGAUACGUAGCCCAGAGACAUGUAGGUGUCCAGGAUGUUCACUCGGAAGCUCAGAAAAGUUCCUCGCAUAAAUACAACUCCAGGAAGUCCGGACUAACCAGCCAGAAAUCACCCGAGUUGCAAAUAUUGGAAGAACUCUCCGGGCCCCGGAAUAUGAAUGUGGCUCAUCCAAUCCUCCCUCCUUUGAGAACGGACCCUCGAACAGAAAGACUGCCCCCUCAGUCGGAGAACAGGUCAAAUGCCCCGGUGUUUGUCGGCGGACCCAAGGAAAAGCCUCAUAAUGGUGUGGCCCCGCUGGGACGCCGUCCUGGCACCGUCAAUGCCACUCUAGCUGGACAAGGUCCGAACACACAGGAGUCUGUUAUGCCAUCAAUUGAGAAUCCUUGGCCCCAAGAAACCCGGCGAACCGAUCACGCACAUCCUUUGGUGCACAUGGCCAACAAGAUGUCGCUUCGAUCAGUUACGCCGGGUCAAUCUCAGGGGGAACUGAAGCUUCACCCCGAUGUCAUUGAACUGGACGCUAGUGGUGACCAGCCCAGCAAAAGGAGACGGAACGGCCGUGAAUGUUCUCGGGUUGAUCCUCGUCCAGAGCCCCGAACUGCAAGACCCAUGUUCCCCGUCCCCGAAGGAUUCGGUCCCAGAGAAACUUACCGUCGUGCCGAGCCUGCUCUAGAAUACCGCCCCCAGGAUCAGCUUCAAUUCCGCCGGGAUAUUGUGCCAGUGGAGCCACCCCUUUCCGUAGGACAUCUACAUCCACAUUCAGCUUCUUAUGCCAGUGGCCUUGAUACAAGGUCAGUCAUGGAUCGCCAGCAUGUGGACUGGCCACGUGAGCCUCGUCCUCUAAACGGGGUCUCGGGUUCCGGUUGGCACCCUUACCAUGGUCGUAAUCUCCGUUUGGACCGCCCCAAAGAGCAACGGGGAAUGCGCCGAGCCCGCAUGGACAGUCGCAUUGUGCCAGAAAAUCCCCCAGAUAGGAACCUGUACGCCGAUGGAUUUGUCCGACACGUUGAUCACCGUGAGCCCCCUUCACACGAGUACGCCUCCCGGCGCCUCAUUCCCGAGGCCCAGCCUCAGCCCAAGCCCGUUGGAGAUGCCUUACUUUCCAGGAACAGGGAAUGGGAGCUGAACUAUCUUGCCACCAAGAACAUGUCUCAGUUCCAAGAUGAACAACUCAGCCGGACCAUGGGCCGCGUCGCUCGUCCUGAGCACCAUCGUACCUUCUCAGACUCUGCGCCAAAGAGCCAACCCCAUACGCCCCCUCCCCAAGUUCCUCGCGAAAGGCCACUCAGCGGCGGGUUCAUCUCGCGUCCACUCUACAACCCCCCACAGGAGCAAAACCGCCCAGUCUACGUCCAGGCAGUCGAACCUCGAACAGAACGUCAACCAUUCCAACCCAUCCUCGACGGAAGGCAUUUUGUCGUCGUUGAUUAA